GCGUUGGGUUUGUAGCUAGGUUUUUCUUUCUUUUCUUGUCUCGUUUUCUUUCUAUUCCGGGGAUUGGAAACACGGGAGCCCUCGGGGUUGAUUUUUUUUUUCCGCCCGUCGUUCGAGUGCGUGGUUCUUGCGGUGUUUGUGUGUUUAAAGGCGGCGGGGAGACCCGGGAACAAAACCCUCCGGAUCAUCCCUCACAGUGGGUGCUUUUAGUGUGUGUUUUUUUUCCCUUUCCCUUAUUUUUUUUCUUUAAAAAUUAAAAAAAAAGCCACCACUCUUCACAAUGAACAAACUGUACAUCGGAAACCUCAGCGAGAACGCCGCCCCCACGGACCUGGAAAGUAUCUUCAAGGACGCCAAGAUCCCGGUGUCGGGACCCUUCCUGGUGAAGACGGGCUACGCGUUCGUGGACUGCCCGGACGACGGCUGGGCCCUCAAGGCCAUCGAGGCGCUUUCAGGUAAAAUGGAACUGCACGGGAAAGCCAUAGAAGUUGAGCAUUCGGUCCCCAAAAGGCAAAGGAUUCGGAAACUUCAGAUCCGAAAUAUCCCACCUCACUUACAGUGGGAGGUGCUGGAUAGUUUACUAGUCCAGUAUGGAGUGGUGGAGAGCUGUGAGCAAGUGAACACUGAUUCCGAAACUGCCGUUGUAAAUGUAACGUAUUCCAGCAAGGACCAAGCUAGACAAGCCUUAGACAAACUGAAUGGAUUCCAGUUAGAGAACUUCACCUUGAAAGUUGCCUACAUCCCCGAUGAAAUGGCUGCCCAGCAGAACGCCUCGCAGCAGCUCCGAGGGCGCCGUGGACUUGGGCAGAGGGGUUCAUCCCGACAGGGGUCUCCCGGAUCAACAUCCAAGCAGAAACCCUGUGACUUGCCUCUGCGCCUGCUUGUUCCCACUCAGUUUGUUGGAGCCAUUAUAGGAAAAGAAGGAGCCACUAUCCGGAACAUCACCAAACAGACCCAGUCUAAAAUCGAUGUCCACCGUAAAGAGAAUGCAGGGGCUGCCGAGAAGUCCAUUACUAUCCUCUCCACCCCUGAAGGCACCUCUGCGGCUUGUAAGUCUAUUCUGGAGAUUAUGCAUAAGGAAGCGCAAGAUAUAAAAUUCACAGAAGAAAUCCCCUUGAAGAUUUUAGCACAUAAUAACUUUGUAGGUCGUCUUAUUGGCAAAGAAGGAAGAAACCUUAAAAAAAUUGAACAAGACACAGACACUAAAAUCACAAUAUCUCCAUUGCAGGAAUUGACGCUGUAUAACCCAGAGCGUACCAUCACAGUGAAAGGCAGUGUCGAAACCUGUGCCAAAGCUGAGGAAGAGAUCAUGAAGAAAAUCAGGGAGUCUUAUGAAAAUGAUAUUGCUUCUAUGAACCUUCAAGCACAUUUAAUUCCUGGAUUGAACCUGAAUGCCUUGGGUCUGUUCCCACCCACUUCAGGGAUGCCACCCCCCACCUCAGGGCCCCCUUCAGCUAUGACUCCUCCCUACCCACAGUUUGAGCAAUCGGAAACGGAGACUGUGCACCUGUUUAUUCCAGCCUUAUCAGUUGGCGCCAUUAUCGGCAAGCAGGGCCAGCACAUCAAACAGCUUUCUCGAUUUGCAGGAGCUUCAAUUAAGAUUGCUCCAGCCGAAGCACCAGAUGCUAAGGUGAGAAUGGUGAUUAUCACUGGACCACCAGAGGCUCAGUUCAAGGCUCAGGGAAGAAUUUAUGGGAAAAUAAAAGAGGAAAACUUUGUUAGUCCUAAAGAAGAGGUAAAACUUGAAGCUCAUAUCAGAGUGCCAUCCUUUGCUGCUGGGAGAGUUAUUGGAAAAGGAGGCAAAACGGUGAAUGAACUCCAGAAUUUGUCAAGUGCUGAAGUUGUUGUCCCUCGCGACCAGACACCUGAUGAAAAUGACCAAGUUGUUGUCAAAAUAACUGGUCACUUCUACGCUUGCCAGGUUGCCCAGAGAAAAAUUCAGGAAAUUCUGACUCAGGUAAAGCAGCACCAACAGCAGAAGGCUCUGCAAAGUGGACCACCUCAAUCAAGGAGGAAGUAAAGGCUCAGGAAACAGCCCACCACAGAGGCAGAUGCCAAACCAAAGACAGAUUGCUUAACCAACAGACGGGCGCUGACCCCAUCCAGAACCACAUGCACAAGUUUUUACCUAGCCAGUUGUUUCUGAGUACCAGGCAACUUUUGAACUCCUGUCUCUGUGAGAAUGUAUACUUUUAUGCUCUCUGAAAUGUAUGACACCCAGCUUUAAAAAAGAUAA